AUUCUAGACACAGAAUGCUUCAAUCUUGUUAUCAUCACGCUCUUGCUCGUGACGGGCGUUUCACGCUACCUCGUUGUGCGUCUCUACGACCCAUCAAAACGUUACAGAAGCGAGAGCAAGCGAACGAUCCUUAACUCGAGACAACGAAACAUGCAGCUCCGUCUGCUCUUCUGCGUAUACAACGUCGAAAACGUACCUUCGAUGGUUAACCUCCUAGAAGCUUCUUACCCGAGUCGCUACAGCCCUGUAUCCGUCUUCACGCUGCACCUCGUCGAGCUCAAAGGCAGAGCGCACGCGGUGCUCAUGCCGCAUCACCUGAUGAACAAACUCGACCCCAACACGGCUGAGUCCACGCAGAUCGUCAACGGGUUCCAACGGUUCGAGCAGCUGCAUCAAGGAACCCUAAUGGCUCAGCAUUUCACAGCGGCAGCUCCCUUCUCCAGCAUCAACGACGAUAUCUGCACUCUCGCUCUCGACAAGAAAGCUGCGCUCAUCGUCAUCCCGUUUCACAAAGCGUACGCGAUAGACGGGUCGGUCGACCAUGUGAACCCAGCGAUCCGUAGCAUAAACAUUAACGUGUUGGACAAGGCGCCUUGCUCGGUCGCAAUAUUCAUCGACCGAGGAGAAACAGAAGGCCGCCGCUCUGUCCUAAUGAGCAACACGUGGCGUAACGUGGCUAUGAUCUUUAUAGAAGGAAGAGACGACGCAGAAGCCCUAGCGUUCUGUAUGAGGAUGGCAGAGCACCCGGAAGUGAGCGUCACGAUGAUCCAUUUCCGACACAAGAGCGCCCUUUACAACAGCAACAUAACAAUGGGACAAGAAACAGAACCAUCGGAGUGUCACCUGAUAAACGACUUCAAGAACUACUCGCUGAACAAACCCCAAGUGCAUUACAAAGAAGAGAUCGUGAGAGAUGGAGUGGAGACCACACAAGUGAUUAGCGCGCUUGGGUCUACAUACGAUUUGGUUGUCGUGGGUCGUGACCAUGACCUAGAGUCGUCAGUACUGUACGGGCUAACGGACUGGAGCGAGUGCCCUGAGCUAGGUGUGAUCGGAGACAUGUUUGCGUCGCCAGAUUUUCAUUUCUCGGUGCUCGUGGUUCAUCAGCAAGAAUGUGACGACCCUUUUGCGGUGGAUUAUAGCUAUAAACUAGCAGUUUCGCCUCAUAGAGGUGGGGAUCCAAGAGUACACCCUCGUUUCUCUGUUGAAGAAGGAUAUACUUCUGUUGAUCUUCAUCACAGCCGUUAAUUAUUUUAUUUUUUU